GACUCAAUUAAAAGAAAGUGAAAUUCCAAAAAAAAAAAAAAGAAAAAAAUUGUGAUAUGGAAUUAACGUUAAAAGGAAAUUAUUUACUACAUUUAUGACCUUUUGAAAUUUCUUAUAAAAACUAAAUUGUGCGGUUCAGCACUCCAAUGAUAAACAAAAAAUUUUUUCAUAUUGAAAACAGGUGAAAUAAAAGCGAAAUUUUAAAUAUUUAAAAAAUAAAAAAUAAAGUUAAAAUUUUGUAUAAAUCGUUAUCCUGUUAAUUAUUCAAAUAAAAUAACAAUAAAAACUGCAAUAAUAUUUAUUAAAAGACGUUAACAAAGGAAAACCAAAAACAGUUCAAAAACCGGAUCGACUUUUCCCCUCUUUAAUUUGAUAUCAUAUUGUGAAAUAUUUACUGCAUAACAUCGGAGGCAGGAAUAUUAAAAAAGAGAGAAAUGUGUCUAAUGAAUUUCAAUUUAGUAUUAAUUUUAAAUAUUAUAAAAUUAUUACUUAUUAAUAAUUUCGUGAUGUUAAGCGAUUGUACAAAAACUAGUAGUUAUAAUUCUGUAUAUAAUAAUGUAAUACCAGAUAAUUUAAAAAAUUUAAUAUCGAAAUCAUUACCAAAGGAAUCAAAAUUUUUUGAUGAAUUAGAUUUGAUACCACAAUCAUGCCGCUUUAAAGGACACAAAUUCGAAUGUGGUCUAUCGAUAUCUUGUGUUCUUGGUGGUGGCAAACCAAUGGAUUUAUGUUCCGGCGGAAUGAUAUGGUCAUGUUGUGUUGACAAAGAUAAAUCAUCGAUUGAACCUGAACCUCAGGUUGGAUUAGUACAGAAUGCAAGUGACAUAAUACAUUUACAUGACAUAUACCCAGGUUCACCUUUAGAUCAGCAUAAUAACCAUCACCAUGUCAAUCAUCACAACAAUAAACAUCCAUAUAAUCAAUUAUAUAACUUGCCUACAUCAUCAGUUCCUUUAAAACCAUCCCUGAAACCAAACACCUAUCCAUAUAAACCAAAUCAGUGGGAAGUCGAAUCAAAUCAUAUCACCGGAAUCACAAAUCAUAUUGAUCCUAAUUUUGGAUUCAAUGACGGUAAUACCGGAAACAAUGGUUUUAAUUUAGAAAAUCAUCAUCAAUUUGGUAAUCCCGGUGUUCAAAUAAAUAAUCCAAAUGGAGGUAGCUUUGCAUCAUAUACAACUGGCAAUGGAAAUAUGGGACCCGUAGCUGAUGAUGAAUAUAGUUAUGAUGGUUUCUUUCGAUUAUAUCCUGGUUGUGGAGAGAUAUACUCAAGAACAAAUCGGAUUGUUGGUGGUCAUUCAACAGGUUUUGGCUCACACCCAUGGCAAGUUGCUCUCAUAAAAUCAGGAUUUUUAUCAAGGAAACUAAGUUGUGGCGGAGCUUUAGUGUCAAAUAGAUGGGUCGUAACAGCAGCGCAUUGUGUUGCAACCACUCCCAAUUCAAAUAUGAAAAUUCGACUUGGUGAGUGGGAUGUAAGAGAUCAAGAAGAAAAAUUGGCACAUGAAGAAUUUGGAAUCGAAAGAAAAGAGGUUCAUCCAAAUUAUUCUCCUUCAGAUUUUCAAAAUGACGUUGCACUGGUGAAACUAGAUAGAUCCGUGAAAUUCAAGCAGCAUAUACUACCGGUUUGUUUACCACCUCCGACAACAAAAUUAGUUGGAAAAAUGGCAACUGUAGCAGGCUGGGGAAGAACAAGACACGGUCAAAGCACGGUACCAUCUGUAUUGCAGGAAGUUGAUGUUGAAGUUCUGUCAAACGAUAGAUGCCAAAAAUGGUUUAGAGCAGCUGGCCGUAGAGAAACAAUUCAUGAAGUGUUUUUGUGUGCUGGAUACAAAGAAGGUGGUAGAGAUUCAUGUCAAGGAGAUUCUGGGGGUCCACUAACUUUAUCAUUAGACGGAAGAAAGACUUUAAUAGGCCUUGUAUCAUGGGGAAUAGGCUGUGGUAGGGAACAUUUACCUGGAGUCUAUACCAAUAUACAAAGAUUUGUGCCCUGGAUUCAAACAGUUAUGGGAAAGGAAUAUUUAGCGUGAUUUCUACUUAGCAUUUUUUGUUAAUUUUAAUUUUACAUAAAAUUUAGUAUGUUUCUUAUUUUUGGUAUAAUACGCAAAACAUAACCAACAAAUUUGAAUAAAUUUUUAAGACAAAAUAGAAAAAUUACCUUAAAAAUAAUUUUAAUUAAAAUAUUG